AUGAUUUUCGAUCCGGACGCCGGCGGCUUGGCCGUGCCGCCGCCAUCAAAAAUAGGCCCGAAACUCAAUGACACCCUCCGGCUUGGCAUCGAGGUAAUGACAGUCCUAUCUGCUUGGGGCCAGGACAAGACCAUUCGCACCACGCGUCUCGAGUUCUGCAGCUCGAGCGCGGCCAGUCCAAAUAGCGGCCAAGUCACCGCCAAGUUCGCCAAGUCAGAUCGACCACCAAAACUCGGCUGGCGGGAUCAUGCUCUUUUGCUUCGACGGCACCGGUCCCAAGAUCUCUUGGGUUUCCUCCCUAAGGGCCUGGCGGGUAACUCGCAGCUGAAAUCAUCGACCUCGAACAUAGGCCACGGGGCGCAUCCACGAGAAAUGAUUGGCAGUGUCGGAGAUCGUGCUUCAACGUCUCCUCCGCCACCGCUGGGCGGAAUGGGCGCACACGCGCCAGGCACCGCCCUUUGA